AUGCUCAACAGGAUCUUCUUGGUUUGCCUGUUUGUGGGUCUGUACAGUGCAGGCUCCUCGCUGAGCUGCAGAUGGAUGGAUCAUAAAUUCAGACAGUACAGUGAAAACUCUUUGGAUCUACUGGAGACGAUGGUCAAUAAUUCCACUAACACCACUGAGGAUGCUGAAGUGGAGCACACUGUGGCCUUCCCUAAUGAUCUGUACAGCCAGGCGUCCAAAGCAUCAGCUGAGGAUAAACUUGGUUUCACAGUGCAGGUUCUGGACGAGGUGGCUGUCCUGUUUGAUGAGGAUCACAGCAAUGCAUCAUGGGGGGAGAAAACAGAGAAGGACUUUCUCGGUGUUGUAACGCAGCAGGCUGACGGCCUUCGCUCCUGUAUUGGGAGCCACAGCCACAAGAAGAAGAACAAGAAGGUGCACAUGUAUUUCAAGAGACUCUCCCGUCAUGUUCUCGAAGGAAUGGGCCACAGCGCUGAAUCCUGGGAGCUGAUCCGGAAGGAAAUUAAAAGCCAUCUAAUGAGAGUUGACCAGCUGGUUUCAUCUCUGCUCACCGCCAACUAAAAUCUGUCUGUCAGAUUUACCAUCUCCUCAUUUAUUUGCUUGUCUAUUUAUUUAUUUAGCUAUUUAUUAAUGUAUUUAUUUAUUGAGUUGUUGUUUAUUUAUAAACAGACUGGUUGAACAUAUAUUUUUCUAAGUUGAUCAACAUGCUUAUUUAUUUUUGAAAUGUGCACUGAGUAAAUUGGAAUCUAUAUUUUUUACAUGUUGUACCCAAUAAAAACUUUCAGCAAAUGCAAAAGUGAUGUUUGUUUAAAUUCCUGCUGGAUAAACAAAAGUUUUUUUUAUUGUUUACAAUAGAUAUAGAUAUAUAUAUAUAUAUAUAGACCAUGAAGAUAAUCUAACAACAGAAACAAGCAGGGCCUCAUUUUGACUCUGAUACACACCAAAUUUCUGUAGCAUUUUCUCUCUUUGUCCUGAGCUGUAGUUACAAGAUUUAAAAAAAGUUAGAGAAGAGUUGUUAAGAAAUCAAACACAACACAGUUUAUGGAAAAAAAAAAAAACAACAACUCUUGAGGCACCAAAAAUGU